AUGGCGGUGAAGGCGCUGGAGGAAGCCCGGAGGAGGGGUCACGUACGUCAGGGACUGCUGACGCGGGGGCGAGCACUGUCAGCGAGGUGGGCCGAGCAGAAUUCGUGGACUCGGACUCCGAGAUUCCUUCUUCACUCGCACUCUCUUCAGGCUCAGGCUCUGGCGCAGGGUCUGGAGGGAGAUCUCCUCGUGCUUGACUUGGACUGGCGACCGGUCGGGGAAGACGGGAGCUGGGAGGGACAGGGUAAGAAUGCCGCGAGGCGGAUCGGGAUGCGAGGGUGCUUCGAGGACCGAGCGGAUGUUGCGCCCUUCGGAUCGCUUUAUAGCGCGGAUAGUCCUGGUCAAUCGAUCGAGGUGUCCGAUUUGGGCACGGUUAGUGGUAGGACCGUCAGUGAUGUAGACGUUGACGAGGUCCUUGGAGUCGAAAGCGUGAACAAGGCCUUGACACGCAGCCACGAUGGGAGGGAGGAAGGGGAGGUGCGCGUGCUACGAAAGGCCGUAUAA